AUUCUAAUUAAACAAAAAAUAUUUUCUAAUAUUUGUGUAUUGUAAUUUAAAUGGAAUCUUAUAAACAGUUCAAAACAUAUAAAAACAUUAUAAUGCAAAGAAUAAAAAUUUCAUCUACAUUAACUUCUUAUAAUAGAUGUAUGUUUUUAAAAAUUUAAAACAUUAUUAAAUUAAAAACAUUAAAUUAAAACAUUAAAUAAAUAUGUAAAAUAUAUCAGCUAUAGAUUUAGAAAGGUUAUAUUAUUAAAAAUAGAAAAUUAAAAAAUGGCUAAAAUAUUAAAUUUUUUCCGAACUAUACGAAAUAACUGGAAAAAAUCUCUUAUAGGAGGUGCAGCUUUAACAUAUGGAAUUUCAUAUAGUAAAGAAAUAUAUGAUACUGAUCAAUUAAUGAGACAAUAUUGUGAAAGUAUUUCACAAUAUGGUGAUCUUCCACUUCCAACAAAUAUAAAACCUCGUCAUGUAACUAUUAUUUUAAAUCCAGCUGCUAAAAAAGGGAAAGCUAAAAAAUUAUUUCAAAAUUAUUGUGAACCACUUCUGCAUUUAGCUGGAAUUGCUGUAACUAUAAUACAGACAGAAUCACAAAAUGAUGCUCGGAAAAUUAUAAUGAAUUUAGAUACACCUACUGAUGCUAUCAUAGUUGCAGGAGGAGAUGGUACAUUAUCUGAUGUUUUAACUGGAUUAGUAAGGAAAUAUGACUUGAAUCUUAAAUCAGUUAAACAGUGCCCUAUUGGUAUUUUGCCAUUGGGACAAACAAAUAAAAUUGCAAAAUCUUUGUAUCAUAAAUACGAUGAUCUUUCUGAUAUAAAGCAAAUGAUAGAGGCAACAAUGGCAAUUAUAAAUGAAAAAUCUAAAAUGAUGGAUAUGAUUGAAGUUAAACCUAUUGAAGAUAAUCCUAAGGAACCAGUAAAGCCAAUUUAUGCUAUGGGAGCAGUAGAGUGGGGUGCAUGGAAAGAUGCAAAUGCUUUAGCUACAAAAUAUUGGUAUUGGGGACCUUUAAAAAAAUAUGCAACUUAUAUAUUUAAUGGUUAUAAAGAAAAUUUAAAUAAAUAUUGUGAUGUAAUAUUGAAAUAUACACUUCCUUGUGAAGGUUGUUCUCGUUGUAAUCAAAAAAAUUCAACAAAUGGAUUUUCUAAUCUAAACACAAGAUGGUGGCAUGUAUUUGCACCAAGGAAUACUAUCAUUAGAGAUAGUAUUGAUUUUAGUAAAAUAAUAAAUGAAAAAUGUGAUAUUCUCCAUGAAUUACCUAUAUCAACUUGUGAAUUACAUAUAGAAACUUCUAAUAUAGACAAAUCACAAGAUGAAUCUCCAUCAUCUUUGAAAGUGAAAAUGGGUCCAAAGGAUAUAGAUUAUUUUUCUUUUGUAUCUGAAGGUUGGAAAAAAGAACAAAAUAAUAAAUCAUUGUGUGAACAAGUAGUAGAAGCAAAAAAAAUUGAAUUAACUCCACAAACAGUUGAUAAACAUUAUACAUUAUAUAUCGACAAUGAAGAAUACGAACUAAAAGCAGUUGAAAUUAAAUUGUUUUCACAGGCAGUAAAAGUAUUUUGUCCUCAAUUCAAAAGUUGAUAAAAGAUGUAUAUAAGAUAAAUAAAAUUUAAGAAUUACUUA